AUGGGGGCCUUCCAGAAAGAAGCUGGAAUCGCAGUGAUUGCCUUUGAUUCCAUGGGUUGUGGACAUAGCACUGGGGUCGGUGGUUUGCGAAACUACUUUCCGACCAUGCCCGCAUUGACUGAGGAAUACUCUGCUAUGUUGCGUCGAGUGAAGGAAGAAUACCCAGGAAAGGAAGUUUUUGCAAUGGGAGAGAGCUUUGGUGGAAUGAUCUUGGCAAAUCAGAUCCUCGAACAACAACAAAAGGGAGAAGAUGGGAUGCUGGCAGAUGGAUACAUUUUCACUGGACCAGUAAUCAAGGUGUUGCGUGAGUCUCAUAACCACAAAAAGCAUUGA